AUGAUAUCCUCAACAUUUCUCCCCCGCCGCUUUCGGGGUGAGCAGCCCGCUGCCCAGCCCGCUGCUCCCUCCUGGAUCAACAAGAAGAUCACGCCCGCCCUCAAGUUCCUCUCCAAGCUCGCCUGCUCCCACCCGAUCCACACCGUUGUCAUUGUGGCCGUCUUGGCCAGCACCUCGUACGUUGGCCUGCUGCAGGAGAGCUUGUUCGAUGCCACCAUCAGCGUCCGCACCGCCGACUGGUCGUCCCUCAUUGAGGGCAGCCGGAGACUGCACGCCAGCUCGGAGACGGGCUGGAAAUGGCAAAACGUCGAGCCCGACGCCUCCAUCUCCGGCGACGUCGACCACCAGGCCCUCCUGACCCUCGUCUUCCCCGAGUCGCAGUCUCCCGCGUCCAUCAACACUGCCCCGCGCACCCACGCCGUCCCGAUCCCUCAAAACUUGUCCAUCACCUCGCUGCCCUCGACCUCAAACUCCCUCACCAGCUACUCCCAGGACAGCGCUCUCGCCUUCUCCGUCCCCUACUCUCAGGCCGCCGAGUUCCUGUCUGUUGCCCAGGAGAUUCCUGAUGCCACCAGCGACGAGAUCGAGACCACACAUGGCAAGGAGAAGAAGAUGUGGAUCAUGAAGGCCGCCAAGGUGCACACCCGCAACAGCCUUGUCCAAUGGGCCCGCAACGGCUGGACCGAGUUCCUUGACCUUCUCAAGAACGCCGAGGCUCUCGACAUCUUCAUCAUGGUGCUCGGCUACCUGUCGAUGCACCUGACGUUUGUCUCCCUGUUCCUGUCCAUGCGCCGCAUGGGCUCCAACUUCUGGCUCUUCACCAACGUCCUCUUCUCCUCCGUCUUCGCCUUCCUGUUUGGCCUGCUCGUCACCACCAAGCUUGGCGUGCCCAUCACCAUGGUCUUGCUUUCCGAGGGCCUGCCAUUCUUGGUCGUGACCAUUGGCUUCGAGAAGAACAUCGUUCUGACGCGCGCCGUCCUUUCCCACGCCAUUGAGCACCGCAAGCCCCAGGGGAACAAGGACGACAACAAGUCCAAGAAGUCGGAUGUUUCGUCCCCCAACGUUAUCCAGUAUGCCGUCCAGGCCGCGAUCAAGGAGAAGGGCUACGAUAUUGUCAAGGACUACGCCAUCGAGAUUGGUAUUCUCGUCCUCGGUGCUGCCUCGGGCGUCCAGGGCGGUCUCCAGCAGUUCUGCUUCCUCGCUGCGUGGAUUCUCUUCUUCGACUGCAUCCUCUUGUUUUCCUUCUACACUGCUAUUCUCAGCAUCAAGCUCGAGAUCAACCGCAUCAAGCGCCACGUCCAGAUGCGUCGCGCGCUCGAGGAUGACGGUGUCAGCCACCGCGUGGCCGAGAAUGUGGCCAAGAGCAACGAUUGGCCCCAAUUCGACGGCAAGCCCCCCAAGGAGGCUUCUUUGUUCGGCAAGCAGAUGAAGAGCAGCAACGUGCCCAAGUUCAAGGUGCUCAUGGUGAGCGGUUUCGUCCUGAUCAACGCCAUCAACAUCUGUACCAUUCCUUUCCGCAACUCCAGCUCUCUUCCCAGCCUGGCUUCUUUGACUGGCGGUCUCAGCGCCGUUGUGACGGCUCCUCCUGUCGAUCCCUUCAAGGUCGCCUCGAACGGCCUGGACGCCAUCCUGGAGUCUGCCAAGGCCAAUGAGCGCCCGACCGUUGUCACUGUUCUCACCCCCAUCAAGUACGAGUUGGAAUACCCCUCCAUCCACUAUGCCCUUCCUUCUCCUGCCAGCAAGUCCGGCCACAAGCUCGACGAUGAGUAUGACCACUUUGAGAACUACGGCGUUGGCGGCCGCAUGGUUGGCAGCAUCUUGAAGAGUCUCGAGGACCCCGUUCUUUCCAAGUGGAUCAUCGUUGCCUUGGCCAUGAGUGUCGCCCUGAACGGCUACCUCUUCAACGCUGCGCGAUGGGGCAUCAAGGACCCCAACGUCCCCGACCACCAGAUCGACCCCAAGGAGCUGGCCCGCGCCGAAAAGUUUAACGAUACCGACUCGGCCACCCUGCCCCUUGGCGAGUACAUCCCUCCCACCCCCAAGCCCGCGACGCCCUCUACGACCGACGACGAGUCGGAGCUGGCCAUGACCCAGGCCAAGCCCUCCGAGCCGACGGGCCCUGUCGAGAAGCGCACCAUUGCCCAGCUGGAGAAGAUGAUCGCCGAGAAGCGCGUCCACGAGAUGACGGACUCCGAGGUGGUCACCAUGUCCCUGCGUGGCAAGAUUCCCGGUUACUCCCUGGAGCGCGCGCUGAAGGACUUCACUCGUGCUGUCAAAAUCCGCCGUUCCAUCAUCUCCCGCACCAACGCCACCUCCGACCUCACCAGCAGCCUCGAGCGGUCCAAGCUCCCCUACAAGGACUACAACUGGGAGCGCGUCUUUGGUGCUUGCUGCGAGAACGUCAUCGGUUACCUGCCCCUUCCCGUCGGUGUCGCUGGUCCUCUUGUUAUCGACGGACAGAGCUAUUUCCUCCCCAUGGCCACUACUGAGGGUGUCCUGGUGGCCAGUGCCAGCCGUGGCUGCAAGGCCAUCAACUCUGGCGGCGGUGCUGUCACGGUUCUCACCGGCGAUGGAAUGACCCGUGGCCCUUGCGUCAGCUUCGAGACCCUCGAGCGCGCUGGUGCUGCCAAGAUCUGGCUCGACUCUGAGACUGGCCAGGCAGUCAUGAAGAAGGCCUUCAACUCCACUAGCAACUUUGCCCGCCUUCAGACGAUGAAGACUGCGCUCGCCGGCACCAACCUGUACAUCCGCUUCAAGACGACCACCGGUGACGCCAUGGGCAUGAACAUGAUUUCCAAGGGUGUCGAGCACGCCCUCUCCGUCAUGGCGUCCGAGGGCUUCGAGGAUAUGAGCAUCGUCUCGGUUUCUGGUAACUACUGCACGGAUAAGAAGGCCGCCGCCAUCAACUGGAUCGACGGACGUGGAAAGAGCGUUGUCGCCGAGGCCAUCAUCCCCGGUGAUGUCGUCAAGAAUGUGCUCAAGAGCGAUGUCGAUACCCUCGUCCAGCUCAACGUCGACAAGAACUUGAUUGGAUCCGCCAUGGCUGGUUCGGUCGGUGGCUUCAACGCUCACGCUGCCAACAUUGUUGCCGCCAUUUUCCUUGCUACCGGCCAAGACCCUGCGCAGGUGGUGGAAAGUGCCAACUGUAUCACCAUCAUGAAGAACCUCCGCGGUUCUCUGCAAAUCUCCGUCUCCAUGCCGUCUCUCGAAGUCGGUACCCUCGGCGGCGGCACCAUUUUGGAGCCCCAAAGCGCUAUGCUUGACAUGCUCGGCGUCCGCGGUCCUCACCCCACGACUCCUGGCGAGAACUCGCGCCGUCUCGCUCGUGUCAUUGCUGCCGGUGUCCUGGCUGGUGAGUUGUCGCUGUGCAGUGCAUUGGCGGCGGGUCACUUGGUCAGGGCUCACAUGCAGCACAACCGUUCUGCGCCGCCCACGAGGAGCAACACUCCGGCCCCGGCUAGCGGAACCAUGACACCCGUCGGUCUGGCCAUGACCAGCGCCGCAGAGAAGGCGGCCAGCAAGAGUGCGGCUGCUGUUGAGCGGUCGCGUCGUUGA